UAUUGCUAUAUAUUGGCGAACAUGAUGGGUUUAUCCAUCAGUCGACGAGCGCUUCAUGACUAAGAUUCUCUAUCAAGAAUGGCGGAAGGGAGGCAGACUAACGACUGGCAGUCGCAGAUGCCCACCAUCUCGGAAUGUAACAAGUACAUGUGGGAACAUAAGCUUGCAUGUGACAUCACUUUCCUUGUUGGUAUUACCAGGACAAAAAUUCAGGCCCAUAAGUAUGUGCUGAUGGCGCGGAGUUCUGUUUUCUUCGCUAUGUUUGCUGGUCUGCUUGCGGACAAUAAAGAGAAAGUCGAAAUACCAGACAUCGAGGAGGAAACAUUCAACACAUUUAUGAAGCACAUGUAUUGUGACGAGGUCAAUCUGACUGGAGAUACUGUGCUGCCACUGCUUUACUGCGCUAAGAAGUACAACGUCCAGAACCUCAUCAGCAACUGCCUAAAUGUUCUAAAGAAAAACAUGAGCACCGCUAACAUCUGUGUCAUCAUGGAAAGUGCACACACAUUUGUUGAUGAGGAGCUCUUUAAAAGGUGCCUCAAGAAAAUACUCUUAGAACCUAUUCCAGUCUUCAACGAGGAUUCAAUAUCAGAGCUGUGUACAGAAUGUCUUAUCAAAAUCAUUCAGGACAAUUCCUUACCAGCGAAAGAAGAACAGGUUUUUGAAGCUGUUCUAAGGUAUGCUAAGAACAAAUGUAAAAGUCUUGGUAAACAACUAGUGCCGGAAAAUUUGAGACAAGUUCUCGGUGAUGCUAUUAAAUAUGUUCGAUUCCCUGUGAUGUCAUCAGAAUUCUUUUCUGACGUUGUUGAACCAUCUGGAAUCCUCACUGACCAUGAAUCAUUGAAGCUGUACAGAUACUUUGCCAGGAACAAGCAAGGAGACUGUGGUGGAUUCGAUAGAAGGGAGAGAAAAUACCUUUUUUCCGUAAAAAGGUUUGGCAAAAUCGACUCUGGAUUCAGCUACAAGCGCAAGAACGUUGACGCCAUUAGUUUUGAAUGUUCAGAGGACAUAUCCUUGAAGGGUAUUUUUAUCUACGGGACGGACCAGGGUCCUGGAGAUUUAGGACUGAAUGUAAGGUUGGUGCAGGAGCCCUAUGGGGCAAAUCUGACAAAUAAACAAGCCCCACUUGAGUGUGACGGCAAACAGAAAGAAUACAGCUUCAUGUUCGACGAACCACAAACUAUCAAAAAAGGCAAGAAGUAUACUGUUGCUGUCACCAUUGAAGGACCAACAACGUUUUUUGGCAAUGAAGGUGUGGAAGAAGUUAUGACUGAGAGAGUUAAGUUUACAUUCAGCAGGUCUGCCAAGAGCACAAAUACCACAUGUCCAGAGUGGGGCCAGAUUCCAGGACUUAUAUUCGAGUUGCCUUCAGCAAACACCGACAUUGAGCCAAUGGAGACAUAAAGCUUGACCUAUUCAGUAAAUCAUUUUGCUGUGUCCGGGAUUCAGCUGGAUGCAUUAUAUUAGUGUUGUUUAUUCCGGCCCAUUUUCUGGGCCAAAAUUGGGCCACAUUCCUCUCCCCAAAAAGUGUAUGUUCCCCUGCCAAGGGAGAAAUAUCCCCUUUUAAGUAGCAAUGACCUCUAGGUUUAGCUAUUGUUACAAUAUAGUGCCAUUCAUGAACAUUACCAUAGGCUUGUCAAAUAAGGUUUGCAAACAAGUUUUAUAAAUCAUGUUAGUAUUAUUCCCUUUUUUACCAAAACUAAGUUAUAUUUCCCUCAUCAAGAGUCAAUGGUGAAGGUUGAAAUAAUCCUUGGGCAGUUCGCAGACUGUAUCAUGACCAUGCAUUUAAGGAUUUUCAAAAAACUUGCCAUGUAGUUUAACCAUGACAAGGUGGUGCUUCAAGCAAGAGACCCAAAUCUGUACCUCAAAGGUUAAAGUCACCCUUAGAGGGCAAAGGUUGAAAUGAUCCUUGUCGGGCUUAAACUUGACCAUGUGUUAUAGGAUUUUCAAAAAACUUGCCAUGAAGGUUCACCAUGAUGAGGUGGCGUGUCCCGCACAAGUCCCGGGUCUGUACCUCAAAAAUCAAUGUCAUGCUUAGAGGCCAUGGUUGAAAUAUGUCUUAGUCAAAGGUUCUUUCUACGGGCUCAACCUAUCGCCUGUUGGUGUGUAGUCUUGUUUUAUCCGGAAUUUUAGAUCCCCUGCAAAAACUGGAAGCAACUUAAUUUUACUUAUGCGGCUGUGAGAUUUUAUACAUUACUGUGCACAUAACAUGUUGUAAAUUUUUGAUUUUGUAAACUAAUACCAGCUGUGCAAUUACCAGUACCUUUAAACGGGUGUACAUAAUACUUCCAAUGGUUAUUAAUGUUCAUGAUGAUCUUUGUAUAUGGGUGCUUUUCAAAAUAAUGAGGCUUUUUCUUUUAUCUCUCCUAACUUUUAUUCCUUUCACUUUUGGAAAGUGUUUUCAGGCACAUUAUGGACCAAUCAAUGCUGUUAAGAAAAUUGUUGAGUUUCAAAUGGAUGGUUCAAUCAGCAAAAUAGUUGUGUAAGAAUAUGUUGCUCAAUUUGUCCCCUGUGCACUCAAAAAAGUGUGACAUUUUACAUGAAGACCUUUAUUUAAAUGUGUUUUAUUUUUUGAAACUGAAUGAUAUAGUAUUUUGGUAUUGUUUUUUAUGUAACUGAACCCUUUCUCAUUUUAAAAAACAUACUUCAAAUAAAAAAAUAUGUAUAAACUUAACCAAAUUUUAAUGUCAUAUGACGGACCCCCAUUCAUUUAAAAAUGAAGAUAGAAUAUUCAACUCACAUUGAGAACACUACCAUUCCAUUUAGGCACUAUUUAUAUUUAAAUACUAUGUUAUUUUAAUAACUUUAACCUGUCAGCUUUAUAUAAAUAACAUAGUUUUAUUAUUUCAUGCAUUGUUUUGUCCGUAACUCAGAUGCAUGUCUUAUUACUCCAAAAUGUCCCCUGUGCACCUUUUCGGUUGUUAGUUGUCAGAUUUCUAUAAUUUCUUCAAUGAAAUGAUAUUCUGCUGUAUUUCCCAGAAAAGAAAGUUACAACAAAUGCAAAAACAGUUUUCAGCCUCUCACAUACAGAGAUUUGAAGCAUCUGCAUUGGUUUAAAGCAAUGUCCCCUGUGCACUCUGUUUUAGCAGUUUUCAAUAAAAUGUCAUAACUGACAAAUAUGGUGCUAUUUCAACAUUAUGAGAAGUGUGUAUGUUAUAUUUAGGCAUCACUUGAUAGUUUAGCAUCUUGAUGGUAAGUGUGUUAUAAAUACUUUUUUUUUAUUUAAUUAUAAAGCCAUGAAAUGUUUACUUUUAAAGGUUUAUUAAAUUAAUUCAAAUACAGUUUCAAUAAUGAGGCACAUAAGAUAACAUAUUUUGUUUAAAUAUUCUAUUUUGAUUUUAUCAUAACAAUUAAACAUUGAAUCAAAUUGAAAUUAUUCAUGUAAUGCUUUUAUAUGUGCAAGGUAUAAUAUGCUUCAAUUCAGUGCACAGGGGACAUUUUUUUUAUAUGGAUAGCACAUAUACCAGAUUAUAAUUCUGCACAGGAAAUAAGUACCCUAGUGGAAAAGCUUGUAGUUAAGCUUCCUUUUCCAAAGAGAUUACAUAGAAAAUAUGAUAACAAAUGAAGAAAAGACUGUUGAAAACAUUAACAAAAUGAAGACUAGGAAGCGCAGAGAAUGACUUAGGAAAGAUCAAAAGUUGCAGAAAAUGUAUGACAGAGAUCGAGAUACUCAGAGAAAAAGAGCAGAAUUUGCCAGGUAUUGCUCAAACCCUAAGAAAGAGGACAAAUAGAUCCUAUAUAUGAUUUACAAAUAAAAGAAAAGAAGAAACUAAAGAAGCAGAGGCAGAGAAGAAAUAAAAUGAAGAGAUUAAUGAAGAAACAAUAAAAGUCCAGAAAAUGACAGACAGAAUAAAAGGAGAAAGGUUAAAAUGAGAAGGUAUGAACACACACAGUUUAAGCAGCAUCAGUUCAGAAAAAGCACAACAUGCAAAACAACCCCUUGAGAGGGAUUCCAUGGCAUGGGCCUCCACAAUUAACCGUCUGGUAAAGAAUGCCAUACCGUGAAGGUCUUAAAAUAAGUCAUGUUGUAGAAAAUUACACAAUUGGUGAUGUCUGUCAGUCAUAGUCUUAAAAAAAGUAGGCACACUGACUAAAUCAAGAAAAAUUAAAAAGGCAGCUAGUAUACACAAGCAAUGCUAAGAAUAUGUGGAGUUGCAAGAAAAGUCUUUGGCAAUUUGAGCGCCUAAAAUGGACCAAAGUAAAACCAUGUCAAAGCCAGGUGAAAUUAAAUCCUUGUGGAAACCAAAAGUUGAGAAUUUUCUUGAAAUUAUUUCUUGAAUAAUGCCUAAUAAAACAGAUACUAUUCUAUUGAGAGACAUCUUUUAAUUUAGACAUGUUCACCAAAGUGUUUAAUGGUAACAGGUGCAUUGAGACCAAAAACUUUAUUCCACGCUGUGGACAUAUUUUAUUCUAUUGUUUAGAAAUUUAGUUUUGUAGGCUUUAAUGUAAUCUUUCAAACAUUUACAAUAUUGUUUCAAGCUUUACUGAAAGUACAGUUCCUCUUAUUGUAAAAAUGUUCACCAAGAAAAGUUAAGUUUUAAAAAUAAUUACAUAAUUAAAAAUAUUACGGUACUUGCAUUAUGAUUUGUCCCCUGUGCACUCUUUCCAUUACAUAACAAAGUACUAAACAUGUAUGAAUUCUAGUACUUUAUAUUACCAUUGAUGAUAUUUUCUUAUUUUUGGACUCAAUAUGAAGUAAUAAAUGUUAUAUAUGUGAUUGUUUGCUGUAAGUUGUCCUCUUAGCCAUUAUUUUCCAUUUGCAUCAUUACAUGCUGUUGAAUUUUGAGGAAAUUGUUGUGAAAAAUGUCAUACUGAAGAAAUUUUGAGGAAUACACUCUAUCAUAUACACAGAAAUGUCUUAAGUUGAUCACAAAUAAUUUUUUAUUAACAUAAAAGAGAAUAUAAAUGCAUAUUAUAUUGGCUUCCAAUAUGUGUCCCCUGUGCACUGAAAAAUAGCUCAAUUUUUAAAUGAAAUGAAUUUGUAAGUUACAAUACAUUCUUGAAAUUUGGUAUGUGGUCUAUAAAGAUGCAUAAGGUGAGGUAAAUGUAGAUUUUCCCCUUAUUUGAUUUUUGUUUUAAAUACAGCAAAAACUUUGUGAGAUAACAAUUUAUUUUUGGUUUCAAAUUUAGACAAAAUGUGUUGAUUUUUUUUUUCUUAAACAACUGAGUUAUUAUGCACAUGACUACACACAGGUACCAAUUACUGAUUAAAAAAUUCAGAAAAAAGCAUCUGAUUUAUGCUAGGUUCUUGUCAUAAGACACUUUUAUAAAUCACCCAUAUUGUUAGAAAUGUUCGCAAUAUUUGGAUUUAAGGUCAAAAUAUUUUUUUAUUUGUAUUUUCUGAUACUUUCCCAAAGUUAUUUCCAUGUAAUUUGAAGUAUUUACUUUCAUUUAAAAUAGGUGACAAUCAUGAAAACUAGGUUUGAAUUUUCAACCCCUAUGUCACACUUUUGCCUCAUUAUUUUGAAAAGCACCCAUAUUAUAUAUAAUAAUAAACUUGUAUCAAAUCUUGAA